CUUUGUCCUGAAGCCCCUGUCGCGACUUGAGGAAGACCACCCCCUACCCUACAGAUGGCGUCCACUCUCUCUACUACCGCGGCCCAGGGAUCAGUGCUGUUUGAGGAUCUGGCUGAGUAUUUUUCUCAAGAGGAGUGUGUGAGUCUGCAUCCAGUCCAGAGGUCCCUCAGCAAAGGUGCCACACAGGAGUGUUUCAAGGAUGUGGCCUGGCUGGGAGAGGAAAACAAGACUGAGAUUAAUCAGCAGUUAAGUCUAGAGUCUAUGGAACUUGAAGAACUUCCCCUAGAAAAGUACUCCAUUGCUGUGCCUCUUAUCUAUUAUCCAGAAGAAUCCCCUGAAGAUGAAGCUGGAAGCCCUGGAGGGAAAAUGUCCGGUGGAACUUCCAUGAAAAAAAGAUUCAUAAGCCUUUUAGUUACUGUUGAAAACCAUACUCCAUUAGUAGAACUUUCUCAAUGUUUAGGAACCAGAGCACUUUCUGAAUCUGAAAUUCUUGAGUUUCCCUGGGUAGAAGCCAAAAAUGUACAUAAGACUCCUGAAUGUGACCAAAGCUUCAGUGAUAGUUAAUACCUUGUUUCGCACCCAAAAAUCCAUUGCAGAAAAAAGUAUAAAUGUGGUGACUGUAGGAAAAUCUUCAGUCACAGAGCCAAUCUGAGGACACACAGGAGAAUCCACACUGGGGAAAAGCCGCAUAAAUGUGCCAAGUAGCACAUGAGUGUCCGUGUAAAGGAGAAACCCUAUACGUGUGGGAUAUGUGGGAAAGGUUUUAUGUGGCUCCCUGGAUUGGAACAGCACCAGAAAACCCACACUGCAAAAAAAAAAGCCUAUGAAUAUGCUAACUGUGAGAAACGUUUUGGUAAGAAAACAAGUCUUGCUUUCCAUGAGAAAAUGCAUACAUCGGCAACACACCACCGGCAUACUCAACAGUGUGAAGAGCUUUGGUAAGCCUUCAAACCUUGCUGUCCCCAAGAAGAGGAGGAAGAGGACUCUGAACGAUGCAGUGAUUAUGGGGAAAAUUUGUUAUUCUCGAAAUGUAAACCCUUAAAAUGUCCUGAAUGGGAAACAACCUUUCUUCGUCUCUCUGACCUUAUCUCCCAUCAGGAGGUUCAUAUGGUAGAAAAGCCCCACACAUGCAAAACAUGUGCAAAACAUUUUACUUUGGAAUUAGAACUGGCAUGCCACCAGAAAAACCAAACAGGAGAGGAACCCUUAAGAUGUACCGUGUGUGGGAAAUGUUUCAGGUUGGAUAUGCAUCUCAUUAUUCAUCAGCAAAUCCAUAUGAAACGUGCCAUGUAAAUAUAACAGAUUUUCAUAACACUUGUGCUUUUCAGUGGAAAACUGUUACCCUUUAUGUGCCAGGCACUGUGCUAAGCACUUUACGCUUAUUACAUGUACUAUAUUAUUUGAUUCUCAACCAUAUCCUUGAUUUAGGCAGUGUUAUUUCUGUUUUAUAACUGAAGAAACAUAGUGAAUCCAGGGUUCUGUUUUGGUCACUGUUCAAAUUCUAUUUUUAUGGACCAGAGGAAGAUAGAACUUUUAUUUUUAAACUCAGUUUUCAUUAAGAUGAACGUUAUUGCUAGAGUUUUUAAAAUUUUGUUUACAUGUUUAAGCUUUGCAAAAAAAAAAUUUAUUUUUUUUUUGCCAGUUCUGCAGUACCUAGGAAAGUGAAUAAUUUUACGUUUUAUACUUUUUUUUUUUGCUGUAACUAUUUUAAUGUAAUAUCUGUAUGAAAUUAGUAUUGUUUUCCAUGUGGGUUUCUAGAGAAUUUUAGAAGCUUUUUUUCUCUGCAAAAAGUUCCCAAAUGGGUGAACCAGUUAGUGUCUUGAUGGUUGUUAAUAUCCAUGGAAUUCCCAUUUUCAGACCUAAUGCCAGCAGCAGGUGCUGGCCUUUGUGAUUCUGGUGUUUGCGAGGUGUUUCGGCAGUCUAACGACAGACUUCUGGUGCCUGGAUCUGGGGAAAGGUAUUUAGAGGUAGUGGUAGGGCCUGCUUUUAUCUGAGAUGACCCUUAUGAGGUGAUUUGCCUUCAUAUUUCUACCAAAGCAUAUUAUGUGUCUUGCUACGAAUAAUAGCAAGUAUUGUUUAGUGAAAGGCGCCAUGGUGGGACAAUGGUUAAAUAUUCAGCUACAUUGAAUGUACAAGAUGUUGGCUACGGUACCUAGCUGUUAACACUGGUUAGAGGCAGGAAGAUAGAACUUUUUUUUUUUUUUUUAACUCAUUUUCAUUAAAAUGAAGGUUGUUGCUAGAGUUCUUUUAAUUUUUUUAAAAUAAGCUUUGCAAGAGGGAGAAUUUAUUUAUUUAUUUGCCAGUUCUGCAGUACCUGGGAAAGUAACUAAUUUUAUGUUUUAUACUUUUUCUUUGCUGUAACUAUUUGAAUGUAAUAUCUGUAUGAAAUUAGUACUGUUUGACAUUGUUUUAUAGGUUGAGUGAGGAGAACUGAAACGGACGCCCUAACUCAGCCCACUCACUCCAUGCUCUUUUGUCAUUUUUGCCUUGUUUCUUAUUCGCAGACAUACAGUUGAGACCAUGUGCCCUGUAUGUCAAGGUCAGAUUUGCAUCUUUGUUUCUGGUGUCUCUGCUCUUAGGGUAAAGAACACCAGUCGGUCCGGGCUUCAGGACCUUGAAUAAAAAAGUGAGCUUGUCUGGAGUUUUUGUUUUUUUUUUCCCCCAGUAGUUUCUCUUGGUCUGAGAAGCUUAAAACAGUGUAGAAAGCUAGUCUCCAGUUAAUUUUCUGAUGAGCCAACUCAGGGGUAUAAUAAUCCUUGUUAAAUAUCAAUAAGAGUACUACUGCCCCACUUUCCUGUUUCUGUCCUGGACAGGAGAAGCUGAUACAGUGCGUUGUAGCACAAAUUAGGAGUGCUAAUAUUUAAGACUGAAUAGAGUUUGAAGGUGGUAAAUAAAAUUGGAAAAGAGGCCCCCACUAGAAAAGCUCCUGUAGAAAGGAGUCGAGAGGCACUUGGACAGAAGGAGCUGACACGAGAGAUGGAAACCGUCCUCCUUUAUAGGAGCCCUGGUACGGUGGUUAAGUGCUCAACUGCUAACCGAAAGGUCGGCAGUUCAAACCCACCAGCUGCUCCACAGGAGAAAGAUGUGGCACUCUGCUUCCUAAAGAUUGCAGCCUUGGAAACCCUAUGGGGCAGUUCUACUCUGUCCUGUAGGGUCAUUAUGAGUCAGAAUCGACUCAACAGCAAUGAGUUUUUGUCAUCCUUUGCUCCUAAGAAAGUAUAGGGAAGGUGAGAGUUUAUGCCAUGAAUCUCUUCCACACUUUAAAAUGGACAUUUACCUUUCCAGAUGAGACUUUCUUUACAGUUAACCUCUCCUAUUUUGCGAUUUUCUUCUCCAGAUUUUGGGACAUUAUGCCAAAACUCAAUAAGAGAUUAGAAAAACAGUAUUUUUACAGAAACACUAUCGUACACAUGGGCGUAAUCAAAACAGCUUUUUGGUGUAAUAAAGAUUGGUGUGCAGAAAAAUUGAAAACAAAACCCUGAGUGUCAGUUACUGUGAAAUAGGCAUAUUUUCAGAUACUGUCUUUUUGUACACUUGCUCCUAAACAUAUUUGCUGGAUGUAAUUGAAGCUGCUUUGAGCCCAGGGAGUUGAAGAAAAGAGGUUGUGUCAGCCAGUGAGAGCCAUGCUGUUUUUAUGAUGGUGGCUUCUUCACCCUUCUAUUUACAAUGCCAAUUGAUGGACGUAGAUUCCACAAGAAAUACUAUUAACCUACUGUGUUAGAUGUGAUUAACAAAUACUGGAUAAAAGUUAAUACAGGCUGAAAAACUAAAUUUAAGAGUUUUGUUGCUUUGAACAGUUGGUUGACUAUAGUUUGCAGCUUGGACUUUGACACACUAUUAAAAGUGAAAGCUUUGUGCCAAAGAAACUGACUCAAAUUUCUUAGGUUUUGUUGUUGAAGCAGUGACGAAAAUGUAUACCUGACAAGUCCUUAAUGUGAUUGCCGGAAUAUGAGAGUCUGUUAAACGGUCAUCAAUGAUGAAACAGCAUUUUUCUAACGGAAUUCAGAUGUCAUCAGUUUACAUUUUGUAAUUUUAAAAAUUAAGGAAUUAUUCUCAAAGGAAUUCCACUCAAAAUAGUUGUUUAGAGUUCUGUUGCUGCAGGUAAUAAUCUAUGCGUAUCUCCCCUAAUAAUAGAAAAUGACCCAAGAAUUCAAGUUUAAAAAUAACAUUUCACAGUAAAUGCCAUUUUUUGAGAUUUCACUCCUGGCAAGCUAUAUAAUUCAGUGGCAGUGUUCUGAUAACUGCAGCAUAAAAUAUCAUAUAAUCUGAAACUGCAGAUUUUACUCAAAAGUAAUCUGCCAAUUUGCCUCAUAUAUGUACAAGGGGAGGCAUAAAAGGUUAUAUGAAUAAAGAAUAUUUUGAAUUGUUCAUUAAACUCGUUAUCCCUGUGGGUUUCAGUAGGAUAGUGUUUUUUCUUUCACGAUCUUUAGCUUUAAAAAGCUAACCAACAAUGAGCUUCGUGAAGAGUGUGUGUAGGCAUCUGUUGUAGUUUUGUAGGUUGGGAGAGCUAUUGAUCUGGUACCAAGCUCCAUCUGACUAUGGGUGUUUUUUUACUGACUUCCCUCGUAUUAACAAUAAAGGGAGGAGGGGGAUAGGAUAUAAAUACACUUGUGUAAACCUAAGAAUAUGCUGCAAUCUCUAGUUCCUUUGAAUACCUCAGGAGUAUGUUGUUUUGUACUUAUGUUUAAUGUUUGUUUUACUGGUUUUGGUAUAUUCUCAUCAGCCUUAUGGGCAGUGAUUAUAUAUACCUAAUGUGCAAUUUGGCAUUUAAUAAACGCUUUUUUAUAAUGAUGGCGAUGAGGUGAAUUUUUUUUACACCUAAAUGGUUUUCAGUAUAGUCAAUUGGAACCGUUAAGAUUCGUAGACCGUGGUUUGGAUAAGAGACCGAAUGAAGUUGUGCCGUUUAAAUAAAUGGAGGUAAGACCACUUGCUCCCUGUACCUGAGAAAAAUUCCAGCGUUUUUCUGGGAACACAGAGCACUAGACGUUGAUUUCCCUUCUAGUCUAUGCUUCACUGCGGCCAUCCCAGAGCAGCGACUACCCGGCGUGAGCCGCUGCUGGAAGUUGGGGGUGGGAACUAAGGAUCCCAGGAGCCUCUGCGCAGCCUCAGAGAGACCUUGACGCUCCAGCUCGG